AUGACAGGUUCACAACCUAAGCAGUUGGUUCAAUGGCUGGCUUUAGCAGAAUAUUGGUUUAACACCAAUUAUCAUACAAGCCUUAAAAUGUUUCCAUUUCAGGCACUUUAUGGGUACCAACCUCCUCACUUAGUAUUUCCAAUUCCAACUCCUACUUCUGUGGAAACUGUUGAAGAUUACUUACAGAAAAGGGAUCUUAUGCUACAACUACUCAAACAUGAUCUUUCUAAAGCUCAGAAAAGGAUGAAGUUCUUCGCAGAUCAGAAACGAUCAGACAUGGAAUUUGCAGUAGGUGACAUGGUGUUUCUGAAGCUUCAACCAUACAUACAGACUCCAGUUGUUAUUCGGAAGAACUUCAAGCUUUCUUCUAAAUAUUUUGGGUCAUUUGAGAUUCUUCAACGCAUUGGUGUUGUUGCUUACAAGUUAAAGUUGCUAGUGGGUUCUCGCAUUCAUCCUAUAUUUCAUGUUUCACAUCUCAAGAAGAAGAUUGGUCUUACUGCAACAACCUUGCCUCAACUUCCACUUGUUGAUCACAAUGGACAUUUUGUCAUUGAACCAGAAGCUCUCUUACAACGCAGACUUACACUCCGUAGUGGCUUGUCCAUACCUCAAGUCUUGAUUCAGUGUUCUAACUCCCCUCCUGAAGAUGCAACAUGGGAGGACACAACACAUAUACAAGCUCAGUUCUCAAAUUUCAUCCUUGAGGACAAGGAUGCUUAA